AUGGCUUCGUCGAGCACAGAAGAUGUUAAUGAAAACGAUCAAAAACCGAAAACUCGUUUAGUGAAAUGUCAUCCGGAGUUUCAGAAAAAGUUAGAUGAAAUGCACACACCAAUGCCAUCGGCAACUGCUUCAUCAUCAUCGAAUCAACAAGGAAAUGAAUAUAGUGUCUUAGAUGAAAUUAAGCGUAUUCAUCAGAUCGUUAAAAAUCAUGGACAACAAGGUGAUUUCGCUAUGGAAAUUAAAUUUGGUCAAUUAAUACCAUUGUACGGAAAUGACCAAGUGGAUAGGUUGAUUGAAGUCUUAGCCAUUGCUCGUAAAAAUGGUUAUGUAAACUAUAAUCUCAAGGACUUCUUUCAACAAGAUCGUGAUGAAGAUAUCGCAAUUCGGUUAAUUAAGACACGAUGGUGA